UGAAUCUUUGCGGCGGCUAUUGUUUCAGGAAGAUGGUUGUCCAAGAGUUCACCGUCGAUCUCAACAAGCCUCUUGUUUUCCAGGUUGGCCAUCUCGAGGAGCGCUAUCAAGAAUGGGUUCACCAGCCUAUUGUCAGCAAGGAAGGCCCACGUUUCUUCGCAAGCAAUACCAUGGAGUUCUUGACACGCACGAAAUGGUGGGCUGUGCCGGUCAUUUGGCUUCCUGUUGUCUGCUGGAUGUCAAUAAAAUCUAUCAGGAUGGGUCAUGCCAUUCAUGAAGUAGCUCUUAUGGCUUCAUUCGGAAUAUUCAUUUGGACGUUGAUCGAGUAUACUUUGCAUCGCUUCCUAUUUCAUAUUGAGACUAAAAGCUACUGGACAAACACAGCGCAUUAUCUUCUCCAUGGUUGCCACCAUAAGCACCCCAUGGAUUCUCUCCGUCUUGUAUUCCCUCCUGCUGCAACAGCAAUCUUGUGUUUUCCGUUCUGGAAACUGGUCGUCUUCUUCGCCACCCCAUCAACCACUCCUGCGCUAUUUGGCGGUGGCCUACUGGGCUAUGUGAUGUAUGAUUGCACUCACUACUACUUGCACCAUGGACAACCAUCCAAAGAUCCAGCUAAAUACCUCAAGCGGUAUCAUCUCAACCACCACUUCAGAAUCCAAAACAGGGGCUUCGGCAUCACCUCAACAUUCUGGGACAUUGUUUUCGGGACAUUGCCCUCAUCGAAUGCAGCUGGAAAACGCUAUUGACACUCGUAUGAGAUCUUUGUGAUCUGUGAUAAUUUAGAGAACUUGCAGUACAUUGUGGUUUUGACAGAAAAUAUGUCAUUGAGUUCGGUUCAGUGUGUCAUUUCAUUCAAUGUCUGGUGGUAAAUUACAUUGUCUGUUCUGAUUUGAACUGUGAAGAGAUUUUGAAUUUUGAUGCCUUAAUGUUUGUAAUUGUGUCAGGGAGCUACUGUCUACAGCUAAGAUUCGACUUUCAAUUAUUGCAUCAAAUAAAAAGCUCCAUUUUGAUGUA